UUAAGCCACUGAGCUAUUUCCCUGGCCCAAAAGGCUGGGUCAGGAAUCCCAGGUCUGAGGACAGAAGCCAGACCAGGCCCCCAGGUCAUGAGGAAAAGGCCAGGCCAGGAUCCUGGAUCUGGGAGUGGAGGCCAGGCCCAGGUUCUCGGCAAGAAGGAGAAGGGCUUUGCCAGGAGUCCCUGGUGUCCGUCCGUGGCGGCUCCCAGCCCCUGGAGGAAGGGGAAGGCACGAAACCCAAGCCUCAGCCAUGAAAGCUGUGAAUGGGGCUCCCCCCUUUCUCCUGCCCUCAGGCCUGGCCCUUGGGGGUUCACAGUCCGCUUGUCCCCUCUGUCCUGGGACCAGAGCCCGGAGUCCAAGCUGGUCUAAGUUUGGAAGGGGAAGGAGGGGGCCGUGGCUCAGGGGGGUGAGGCGGGCGUGGGGCACAGGAUGUCUCUGUCUCUGAGCUGUCACACACACCUCUGCCCAGAGAAAGGGAGGGACAAAGGCUGCGGCAGCCAGAACAAAGAGAGGAGAGAGACACAGACACACUGGCCCACAGGGCACCCACGGGACAGCUAGGGCGAGAGGCAGUGGCCGGGGCCAGACACCGUGGGGCAAAACAGCAAGAGUGUGGGUCACAGAGCUAGGCCAGGACAGAGCCCCCUCGGAGACCCCAGGUUGAGGCAGAGAAGGAGACAGAGACCAAGUCACACAGAGUCAGGGACAGGCACCAAGAGGACAGAAGGGAGGCAGAGAGGGGAGAAGAUAGCAAGGAACGUGCAGGGGCUGGAAGAGGGCGACACACCCAGAGGGGACAGGCGGGGCGCCGUGAGGACCAGGUCCCAGGCCUGGGUGCUGGUAGCUCCGUGGGGUCCUGGACUGGGGCAUCUGCUCAAGGGCCCCCUGCGCCAGGGAUGGAGCCCAGGGCCCCUGAGACCCCUGAGGAUUGGGAACCAGAGGAAGAUACAGCCACCACACUGCAGCGCUUGGUGGAGCUGACGGCGCCCCAGGUGACCCUGCUGCGCAGCCUGCGGGUCCAGUACCGCCUGCUCCGGAAGCUGGGCUCGGGCUCCUACGGGCGAGUGCUCCUGGCCCAGCCUCGCCGCGGGGGCCCCACGGUGGCCCUCAAGCUCCUCCGCCGUGACUCGGUCCUGAAAGCCACCUUCUUGAGAGAGUUCUGCGUGGGCCGCUGCGUGUCCUCACAUCCAGGCCUGCUGCGCACACUGGGGCUGCCCCUGCAGACACCCCGGCACUUCGCUUUUGCCCAGGAGUUUGCGCCUUGGGGUGACCUCAGCGGGUUGCUCCAGGAGAAGGGCCUCCCGGAGCCCACGGUGAAGCGCGUGGCAGCCCAGCUGGCCGGGGCGCUGGACUUCCUCCACAGCCGGGGCCUGGUACAUGCCGACCUCAAGCCCGACAACGUGCUGGUCUUCGACCCCGCUUGUGGCCGAGUGGCCCUGGGUGACCUGGGUCUGACCCGGCCCGAGGGCAGCCCGGCCUGUGCGCCCCCCGGCCCACUGCCCACUGUGCCACCCGAGCUCUGCCUGCUGCUGCCCCCCGCCACGCUGCCCUUGCGGCCGGCCGUGGACGCCUGGGGCCUGGGCGUGCUGCUCUUCUGCACCGCCACCGCCUGCUUCCCCUGGGAUGUGCCGCUGGCCCCUGACCCCGAGUUCGAGGCCUUUGCUGGCUGGAUGACUACCAGGCCCCAGCCACCUCAGCCGCCCGCGCCAUGGGACCGCUUCGCACCCCCGGCACUGGCCCUGCUGCAGGGGCUCCUGGACCUGGACCCCGACGCCAGGAGCCCCCCUCUGGCCGUCCUGGAGGUGCUGGGAGAAGACUGGGGCUUAGAGGCCAACGGCGAGGGCCCUGGGGACUCGGAGAACAGGGUCUUCGAGGACAGGGAGGAGGGGGAUACGGGGGAGUCGAGCUUGGAGGAGGGGACCGAUGAGGACGAGGAAGAAGGCCGAGCUGGCGGGAAAGUGGGCACAGGUCCCUGGCCAGGUGACUGAGACAGGUGGCCGAGCCCCGGGCCAAACGCCCCUCCCCCAGCCCCACAGCCACCUGGAAGGAGAGACAGCUGUUCCCCGAGCACCGAGCACCGCGGACGUCGGAGGCCUCCCUGUAAUCAAGGCCUGGCUGCGCCGUGACCACCCCAGCCUGGGUCCAGGCGGCCCUGCUGUCCCCCUACCGCGGUGUCCUCCUGAGGGCGGUGCUGCCCCCGGGGCACGCAGCUCUCCACUGUGGGCCGCGUCCAGCACCCACCGUGCGUGCCUCUUCCGCUAGAGCCUCGGCCGGCUCCCUGCGUCCCCAGCGCACUGGGCCGCAGGAUCCGCCUCGGUCUCUCCCAUCGCCGGGCUCUAGUGACCGCGUGGAAAUCAUUCGCGAGCCUGGGCCGAAGCGCGCAGGAGCACGGGCGCGGGCGCAGGAGCACGGACGCGAGCGCGCACCCUCGCACCGUCCUUCCCUGUCGCAGCAGCACACCUGCGCUUCCACUGACUGCGCGGUCUCCGGCAGCGUGGGGCGGGCCUCAGCCCACAGCCGGUACCAGCUUGGCUGGAGUCCG